UGCAAUGCCACAAUGCUCUCCAUGAAACCAUGGUGCUCUGCAGGAUCACAACAGCCCUUUGGCUCCACGAGGCCCUGAAGUGCAGCAAGGGCCUCUUGGUUCCAUGAAGCCCCACUGCUUCACAUUGGCCCCUUGGGAUCAUGCGGCCCCACAGAGCCACAAAGAUGUGCUUGGUUCCAUGAGGCCCCACAGUGUCACAGUGGCCCCUUGCAUCCAUGGUACUCUGCAGGGUAACAAUGUUCCACUUGGUUCCACAAGUUCCUACAGAGUAACAGGCUCCUCAAGGGUCUGCAGUGUCACCAUGGCCCCUUGGUUCCACAAUGCUCCACAGUGUCACAAUGGUCUCCAUAUGAAGGAAACAAGUGAGCCCCAGUGAUGCAUGAUCAGAUGAGAGGCAGUCACCAGAGGCCAAGUCUGGCCAGACUUGACUGUAUGGGCAGCUUUCAUCCAGGAGUAACCCCUGGAUAUAGGAAUUUUUAGAUGCAGAAUCCCAAUUUUGGCCAUGGAUGCCUAGAUAAGAAAGAAAGUUCUUUCCCACAGGAAUAAAAGCACAGAGCCCCAGUGCUUCAUGGUCAGAUGGGAAAUGGCCCUUGGCAUGUCAAAUUCAGUGGCACCUGUCAGACAAUCCCCAGGAGGCCAAACCAGGCAGACCUGUUCCAUGUUCCCUUGAUUUCAUGGAACCCCACAUUGUCACAAUGGUCUCGAUUCCAUGAGGUCUGGCAAUGUCACAAUGGCUUCUUGAUUUCAUGAGUCCCAACAGAGUCAUAGGAGUCCCUUGGCUCCAUGCUGCCCCAUUGUGUCACAAGGGCUCCUUUUUUAUAUGGACAAAACAGUUCUAUCACUGACCCUUGAAUCCAUAGGGCCCCUGAGUUGCAUAAUGGUCUCCUUGAUUCCAUGAUUCCCGGAUUCCAUUGUCUCACAAUCUUUUCCUUGGAUCUCCAUUGUCUCAACUGACCCGUGGUUCCAUAAGGUUCCAAAGUGUCACCGUGGUUGCUGUCAGAGUCUGGAUGAGAUCGAUGUCCCGAUGCUCGGAAUGCCUGUGUAGGGUCAGAGCCGGGUCAGGCCUUGGUUUGUGGUGGAACAGAGCCCCGCCCCCAGCCCUGGCCUGGCAGAGCUUUCAAUCACACAGCAGAGGAUGGUGUUCACCCAGCUCUGAUUGGCUGAGCUGUUAAUCAAUCAAUCACACUUAGGCAGCUGGUGCCUACCCUGACUCUGAUUGGACAAGCAGCUGGCAGUCCCACCCCAGGGGCAGGGCCACGAAGGCCCAGGGGGUUAAAAGCCAGAGCAUGAGCCCAGCCCAGGGUCUGGAUCCUGCCUUCUCCUGGGGUUCCUCUGUUGGUGAUGCUGGAACCCAAGCAGUUGGCACUUUCUAUGGAUCUUCUGUCUUUCUGUUGUUCUCUUCCUUCUCUUUCUAAUCCUACUUACCUGGAACAUUUUGGGGUGACUUCACAUGUUAAGAGUUAAAGGAUUUUAUAUUAAAUGUGUGGGAAUCUGAGGCACAGAAUCCAAGCCUUGGAAUUCAGUAGUUUUCGGGAAUUUAGCUACUUGAGCUGGGCUUCUUGGGGGACUUUUAACAGCCUUGUGUUCCUCACCAUUGGGUGAAUAAACCUUGUCAGUCUUGCUGGUAUCAUUUGCUCCCUUUCCUCCAAUGAUUUUAACAAACUUUUCAAGGAAUAACAACAAAAUAUUUUCUUUACACUGGCCACCCACAACAGCCAUUUUCCUCAUCAGUUCUCCCAUAAGUUGCUCAGAGGAAGCUGUGUCCAAGUUUCCAAGAGUUCUUCCAGAGAGAAAAACAACCUGCUCAAAGGAGGAAACCUUUCUGUUGUCAAAGGCACUUGGGGUCAGAGAACAGUUUAAGGCAGGGUUUCUGUAUCAUUGCCUUGAUCUAAAUUUUCUUAUUAAAUUGUUAUUCUGGCUUAGACUCUCCCACAGAUUUGCCUUGAAACCAGUACAAAAUUCAAUGUACUCAUCCCUUGUUUUCCUCCCAAAACAGGAUUUCCCAUCCCCAAACUUUCACCAGAUGGAGGAGGAGGCUGCGAGGAAGAGGAAGGAGCCCUGGGAUUUCCAGGCCGACAAGGAGCUGAAGAUGGAGACCAGGAAGGACACAUCUCCUCAGCAGAAUCUCAUGGAAGAGGCUGUUUUGACUGGCUCCACAGCACAGGAAUCCAAUGGGGAGGAAAGUCCCCAGAGAUCCCACAGGAAGAGGGGUUGCAAACCCAGCCCAGGGUGCUCUGAGGAGGAAAUACCCACCCAGUGCCAGGAAGGUGGACAGAGCUUCAGCCACAGCUCAGAGCUGGUGGUCCAUGAACAGCUUCAUGAUUGGGAGAAGGCCCACAGGUGCUUGGAGUGUGAGAAGAACUUCAGGCAGAGCAGCACCCUGAUCAGCCACCAGAUGAUCUGUGCUAGGAAAUGGGCUUAUGAGUGUGGGGAGUGUGGGAAGGGCUUCAGCUGCAGCUCUGCCCAUGUCAUCCACCAAUGCAUCCACACUGGGGAGAGGCCCUAACAGUAUCCACAGUGUAGGAAGAGGUUUCAGAGCAGCUCCAAUAGCCUCCAGCAUCAGCAGAUUCACACUGAGGAAAGGCCCUUUCACUGCCCUAAUUGCAGGAAGGGCUUCAAGCACAACUCCAACCUCAUCACGCACCAGCGCAUCCACACUGGGGAGAGGCCCUACGAGUGUCCCCAGUGUGGGAAGAGCUUCACCCAGAGCCCUCACUGGACCAAACACCAAUGAAGGCAAUGAUAAGGGAAGCCCUGCAAAUGCCCUGACUGCAGGAACAGCAUCAUGCACCACUCCAGCUUCAUCCUUCUUGGAAGGAUCCACAUUGGUCAGAGCCCUGGUGACCCAUAUUCCCAGUGAUCUGCGCUGAGAGGACACCUGGCUGGUUUUCCUUUUGGUUUGGCCCCAAGUUCUCCUUGAUUCAUUUUUAUCACUUAAAAACACAUGAAAUAAGACUAAAAAAGAAAGUAAUUGAUCAAGGAUUUCACAGCUAUUUCAGGUGGAAUUUAUGGUUUGGGGACAUGUUCUGUAGGAUUUGUGGGUUCUUGGGGGAUUUCAGGACGUGUUCUCCAUAUCUUUGCACUCUAAAAGUCAAGAUGGAUUGAUUUGUCACCUCAAACUGACUCAGUCCCACCAAAAACAAUUCAAUCUUACCCCAAAAGAGCUCAACACCACCUCAAAUUGUCUUAUUCCCACCUAAAAAAACCUCAGUCCCAUGUCAAAAUUAUUAAAUUCCACAGCCUCCAGGGUGUGAUGGGGUUGGAAGGAGACUGGGAGAAGUGGGAUCCAAAUUCUUGGGUGUUGGACCAGGAUUAUGUGGGGCUGGGUGU